UGCCGCCUUCGCCUGCCCGUCCCGCCCUCGGCCCGGCCUCCUCGCCAGCCGCCCGGCUGAGGCGGAGCCACAGCGCCCCGAAGCGGGGCUUCCGCCGCCCAGCCGGCCUCCUCCUCGGGCCUCGGCGGAGCCAUGGUCCCCGCGCUCUCCUCCUCCUUCCCACUCCGAAUUCAGGAAUCCGGCGUGAAAUCUAGUUUCAAGCUCUCCUGAUCAGAUUCUCAAGACUCUUGGCAAACACAUUCUUGCCAACUGCUGUGAGGUGCAACCCAUCUCUCGCCAGAAGUCCUACCUCAAGGAAGCGGAGACCAUGAUCCAAGAAGCCAAAAGCCAAUGGUUGACCUCAAGUAUUUUCCUCUCUCUUCUUGGGCCACGGCCUUCAGCAGGAAGGAAUGAUGAAAAGACUACCUGUGCACCAAAAGGCGGGUUCUCCGAAAAGAAUUACGAGUGGAGUUCGGAGGAGGAGGAGUCCGACGGGAAGGCCCGCCCGGUGCAGGUGCUCAUUGUGAAGGAUGACCACUCCUUUGAGCUGGACGAAGAGGCCCUCAACCGCAUCUUGCUUUCGGAAGCCGUCCGAGACCGCGAGGUGGUGGCCGUCUCCGUGGCCGGGGCUUUCCGGAAGGGCAAGUCGUUCCUGAUGGACUUCAUGCUUAGAUACAUGUACAACAUGGAGUUGGCCGACUGGGUUGGCGACUACAAUGAGCCUCUGACAGGCUUUUCCUGGAGAGGCGGGUCGGAGCGGGAGACGACAGGCAUCCAGAUCUGGAGCGAAGUCUUCCUCGUGGACAAGCCUGACGGGAACAAGGUGGCUGUGCUGCUGAUGGACACUCAGGGGACCUUUGACAGCCAGUCAACCCUGCGAGAUUCAGCCACCGUCUUUGCUCUUAGUACCAUGAUCAGCUCCAUCCAGGUGUACAAUUUGUCCCAGAAUGUUCAAGAAGACGACCUCCAGCACUUGCAGCUCUUCACAGAAUAUGGCAGGCUGGCCAUGGAGGAGACGUUCCUGAAGCCCUUUCAGUCUCUCAUUUUCCUUGUUCGUGACUGGAGCUUUCCCUACGAGUUUUCCUACGGGGCAGAUGGUGGAGCCAGGUUUUUGGAAAAGCGCCUCAAGGUCUCGGGGAACCAGCACGAAGAGCUGCAGAACGUCCGGAAACACAUCCAUUCUUGCUUCACCAACAUCUCCUGCUUCCUCUUACCUCACCCGGGCUUGAAAGUGGCCACCAACCCAAACUUUGACGGGAAACUCAAAGAAAUAGACGAGGACUUCAUCAAGAACCUGAAGGUGCUGAUCCCUUGGCUGCUCAGCCCCAAGAGCCUGGACGUCAAGGAGAUCAACGGCAACCAGAUCACCUGCCGAGGCCUGGUGGAAUAUUUCAAGGCCUAUAUAAAGAUCUACCAAGGAGAGGAGUUGCCUCACCCCAAAUCGAUGCUGCAGGCCACGGCGGAAGCAAACAACCUUGCAGCUGUUGCCACGGCUAAAGACACUUACAACAAAAGAAUGGAAGAGGUGUGUGGAGGCGACAAGCCCUUCCUGGCGCCCAGCGACCUCCAGAGCAAACACCUGGAGCUGAAGGAGGAGGCGGUGCGGCAGUUCCGGUCCGUGAAGAAGAUGGGGGGCGAGGAGUUCAGCCGCCGCUACCUCCAGCAGCUGGAAGCCGAGAUCGACGAGCUCUACGUCCAGUACAUCAAGCACAACGACAGCAAGAACAUCUUCCACGCCGCCCGCACGCCCGCCACGCUCUUUGUGGUCAUCUUCAUCACCUACGUCAUUGCCGGGGUGACCGGCUUCAUCGGCUUGGACAUCAUAGCCAGCCUGUGCAAUAUGAUCAUGGGCCUGACCCUGAUCACCCUCUGCACCUGGGCCUACAUUAGGUACUCAGGGGAGUACAGGGAGCUGGGCGCCGUCAUAGACCAAGUGGCCGCAGCGCUCUGGGACCAGGUGAGCAGAUGUCAGGCGUCAGAGUAUCCAACCCCCCCCACGGCUUUGUACAAACUUUACAGUGCAGCUGCCACACACAGACAUUUGUAUCACCACGCUUUCCCCACGGCGCAGAAGGCUGAGCCCACCGAAGGCACGGAAAAGAAGACAAUGUAAACCCGGCUGUUUUCCACAGAGGUGCAUGAAAACACAUCGUUGAAACAUGUUAAUCAUUUUGCAUCCAUGUCUGAGACUCUGCCACUCUUUGAAACGAAGACAGAGGAAAACAGAUAACCCAUUCACUUGUACCAAUGGCUUAAGUGUGGCUGCUUUAAUUUGGACAAUGCCCUGCUUGAAGGGGGAAUGAGUCAGCAUGACUUUCAUUUUCUUAAAACUUAAUUUUGCUGCAGAUACAGAAUUACUGGUUCGGUUCCCCAGAACACUUGGCCCUGGCCCAGGACUUUUCAAGACUGAGGUUUGGAGCCAGAGAAGGCAGUGGUUGCUACCUUCCUUUUGCAGUGGUGGCAUCCUGCAAUCCCCCAGUACGCAUUCAUAGCCUCCUCUGGAUCCAAGCUCCCAUGCCAUUAACCCAACGGCCAGUAUUCUGAAAAGGAAUGUGGCUCUUAUUCAGGAGGCACCAUGUCACAUUCACAUAUUUAAAUUUGUACUCAAGAGGUUUUUAUUUAACACCAUUCCCUUCAUGCAGCUGUGAAUGAUAAUUUAUUCACUUUAAGACUGCCUUCUCAGAAGCUACAAAGAAUAUUUCUUUUGCUAUGGUAUGUUAAAAGAGAUGGGAAGUAUUUUUUUUUUUGUACAUGUAUUUGAGAGUUUCACUGUAUAUAUUUUUGUUUAGUGCAUAAAGAGUGUAUCAAGUUUUUAUUAUUUAAUUGUCAAUUAAAAGUUUGGUUCCUAAGACAAUUA